CUACUGUUUCCGUCGGAAGUCGCCUCUAUCGCGGGCACUGAUGACGCCAUGGACGCGCCGGAAGUCUCCGGGAGCGCUCAGCCGGGGUCAGCUGGCAGCGGCUGACAGUUGGCCAGGCUUGGGCCACUUCCAGCCUCCUGGAACAGUCAUGUCGCCGGUUUUGCGUGUGCCGAAUUCAUAGUGCUGCCCCAGCAGAGCUGCUAUCUGAAUUCUCCGUGGAUGUGGCAAAGGGGAAUGAACGCUAACGGUGUCGCUGGAAGUGUCCGACCUAGAGAAAUAUGUAGACUGGAAACCUGUUACCUUGUGGAGAACCGUUGCCUUAAGGGACUGUGAUGGAGAAUGACAGAGAAUGUGUGACAUCUUCCACAUGCCUGCAAGCAUUCACUUUCGAGCACUGCCCCACCAAACAUCAGACACCGAAGAAAAGGAAAGUAAAACAUGUAUCUGGUGGUCAAGCAGUUCAGUAUAGUCCCAGCACAGGGGAGGAGGUGACAAACAGUAGGCUCUGUUGGACUUGCUGGCCAGCCAGUCUAGCUGAGUUUGUGAGCUACAGGUUCAGAGAGAGAGAGAGAGAGAGAGAGAGAGAGAGAGAGAGAGAGAGAGAGAGAGAGAAUGAAUGAGAAUGUCUCAAAAGAUGUGGAAAAGGGCAGGGGUGGUGGCUCCAAGAUAGAUUGCUUGCCCAGCGUACAUGACAUGAAGUCUGAGGUUCAAUUCUCAAUAUUGACGGGGGUGGGAAGGAACCCAUUGGACUUGACUUGCCUUGACCAAUUCUUUGGGAUGGAGAGCUAGCUUAGCAAAGUACUUGUCAUGCAAGUGUAAAGACCAGAGUUCAAAUCCCCAGAACAUAUAUAUAGAAGCCUGCUGUAGCAGUGUGUGUCUACAUAAUUCCAGUUUCCCCACUGUCUGUGAAAUAGGAGAGUCCUCAGAAACACACAGGCUGGCCGGCCUGGUGGACGCCACAGAGAGCAAGCAGGAAACCGCGUCUCAAACAAGCAGGGUCUGGGCCUGGUCACACACACCUUUAAUUUUAGCACUUAUGAUGCAGAGGCAGGUGGAUCUCCGUUGAGGCCAGCUUGGUCUGUGUAGUGAGACCUUAUCUCAAGCACCCACAAAAGUAAUAACCAGGCCUCAGCACUAGUGAGAUGUCUGUUGGGUAAGGGUAUCUGCUGCCAUGCCUGAAGAGCCUGUGUUUGUCCCCAGGACUCACGUGAUGGAAAGAGAGAAUCAGCUCCCCAAAGUUGUCACACACACACACACACACACACACACACACACACACACACACACACUCUGUGGUACUCACAUGUGCACAGAGACAACAAUGUAGUGUAAAAUAAGGUGAAGCAUGAUUGAGGAAGAUACCCUAUCUCGACCUUGGGCUCAGGCACACAGAAACAUGUCUGUGCACACCUGCAGACACAUGUGCACACACAGACAUGUGCACACACUGCCUACAGACAAACUAAUGAAGGGAUUUGUUGCCUCAAAGGCAGGCCUCGAGGGCUGGGGAUUUAGCUCAGUGGUAGAGCGCUUACCUAGGAAGCGCAAGGCCCUGGGUUCGGUCCCCAGCUCCGAAAAAAAGAACCAAAAAAAAAAAAAAAAAAAAAAAGCAGGCCUCUUUGUUCAUCUUGAGAAUGGCCUAGGGCUUACCCACCGAUCUGAUCGUGAAUCUCAACUGCAGGAGUGAACCCGGGGCCGGAAUACGUGCUGGGGAGAAAUCCCUCAGCAGCAGCUGCUCAUGCUGUCUCUUCCUUCACAGCCUCCAGCAUGGACUUCCUGGUUCUCUUCUCGUUCUACCUGGCCUUCUUACUGAUUUGUGUCAUCAUGAUCUGCAUCUUCACGAAAAGCCAGCGUUUGAAAGCUGUGGUCCUGGGAGGAGCACAGGUAUGCGCCCGUGUAACCCCACAGUGCUUCCAGAGGGCCGUGCAGACGCUCCUUCAUCAGCUCUUCCACACACGCCACCCGGCCUUCCUUGCCUUGCACCUGCUCCUGCAAGGGCUAGUUUACGCGGAAUACACCUACGAAGUCUUCAGCUACUGCCGCGAGCUGGAGUUCUCCCUGCCUUGCCUUCUCCUGCCCUACGUGCUGCUGAGUGUGAACCUGGUCUUCUUCACCCUGACUUGUUCCACCAAUCCUGGAACCAUCACUAAAACGAACGUGUCAUUACUGCUGCAAGUCUAUGAAUUCGAUGAGGUGAUGUUUCCAAAGAACUCGAGGUGCUCCACCUGUGACUUAAGGAAACCAGCGCGCUCCAAGCACUGCAGGGUGUGUGACCGGUGUGUGCACCGCUUCGACCAUCACUGUGUUUGGGUGAACAACUGCAUUGGGGCCUGGAACACCGGGUACUUCCUCAUCUACCUCCUGACACUGACAGCCUCUGCCGCCACCAUAGCCAUCCUGAGUGCCGCCUUUCUGCUCCGCCUAGUGGCAGUGUCAAAUCUCUACCAGGAAACUUACCUGGAUGACUUGGGGCGUUUCCAGGCUGUGGACACAGGCUUUCUCAUUCAGCACCUGUUCCUGGCUUUCCCAAGGAUUAUCUUCCUGCUGGGCUUUGUCAUCGUCCUGAGCUUGCUCCUGGCUGGCUACCUGUGCUUUGCUUUGUACCUGGCUGCCACCAACCAGACCACAAAUGAAUGGUAUAGAGGCGACUGGGCCUGGUGCCAGCACUGGCCUCUGGUGGCCUGGUCCCCAUCAGCCGAGCCCCAGAUCCACCAGAAUAUUUAUUCCCAUGGGCUUUGGAGCAACCUUCAAGAGGUCUUUAUACCUGCUACCCCCAGUUACAAGAAAAAGAAGAGAUAGAAGGGAGGUGUCCAGCCUUUUGAAUACAGUACACAGCUAUUUGUACUCAUGGA